UUUAGCAGUUAUUUGAGCACGAGGUACAAUCGAGAUUCGCAGUUUUCGUUAUUUUGGUAACAUUGGGAGUCUUCAACUUUUAUUUAUUGUAAAUGGUAACGUGCACGAUGGCUGAUGAGGCAUGCAAAAUGAAUGGCGCCGACGAGGAAGUGCCUGCAGAGAAGGCGCAGAAGAAGUCCGCGAAGUAUGACAGCGGAGUCGCGGAUCUAGAAAAGGUUACCGACUAUGCGGAGGAGAAGGAGCUGUCCACACAAGACUUUGCCGGUGCAAUUUCGGCGAUAGGAGACCAAAGAAACAAGGAGGCGUUGGAGAAACAGGCCAGGGAAAAGGAGCUGCUGAAGGUGUCGAUCAAAAAGGAAGACGUCGAUCUGAUCGUCAAAGAGAUGGAAAUUUCCAGGUCACAAGCAGAAAGGACACUUCGGGAGCAUCAUGGCAAUGUAGUGAAUGCAUUGAUAACGCUAACGAACUGAAGUUUCACAAUACUAUUUAAUUUCUUCUAAUAAAAAAAAAGAAUGGUUUCUCUAACAUUUACAAA